AUGACGCUGUCUCGGGAGCAUCACGCAUCGCUCCUGCUGGUGAUCGUCGUGGUCGCGUGUUUGGCUGUCGGAGUUUGUGACGGGCAGUACUAUACGACGCGCGAUCCACGAUGGUACUCGCGGGAAGGUGACUUCAACUACAAAAUUCCAAACCCGGGCGAUCCAGACUAUCGAACAUACACGUUCAACAACCGUCGGUACGGCUAUUACCAACCGAAUGGAUACGGUCAACAGUACCCAGGCCAGAGUCUUCCGGGACAGUAUCCCACCAACACCGGUUUAGGCGAUGAUCGAUUCAAGUAUGAUCCGACCAAUCCAACGCUCGCCCAAACACCUUUCCCCGGUGUGCUCGGCGGAUGGCGGGAAGAUCUCCAGGGUAAGCUGCGCCGCGAUUCGAUGCAGCUCGACCGUGACGUGUUCGUGACGACCAACUACGGGCAGGUGCAGGGCUUCAUCGUCAAUCUGUACGACAACCCGGACCCGAAGAACUUGUACCGGCCGUGGCACAGCAAUGUCGAUCGCAUCAUGAGCAAGUGCUCCACGUUCUUGGGGAUUCCAUACGCGCUGCCACCGACAUUCGAGGGCCGCUUUAAGCCACCACGGCAACAUCGGGGCUGGCAGUUGGUGCAGGCCGUCGACUAUGGUCCCGCUUGUCCGCAGCCAGUGCAGUACACGGGCGCUACCAAGGGCAUCCGUGAUAUGGAUGAGGAUUGUCUGUAUCUCAACAUCUUCUCGCCCAAUACACAAGCGGGCGUCGCUCAGCGCUUCCCCGUCAUGAUCUACAUCCAUGGUGGAGAAUUCGUGCGAGGUGCUUCCAACACCUUCCCGGGCCAUAUGCUGGCAGCGUUCUACGAUGUGGUGGUCGUCACCUUCAACUAUCGGCUGGGAGCGCUCGGAUUCCUGUCCACUGGAGAUGAAAACUCGCCCGGUAACUACGGCAUCCUCGAUCAGAUGAUGGCCGUCCGGUGGGUGUACGAAAAUAUCGAAUCGUUCAACGGUGAUCGCAACUCGAUCACACUGUUCGGUCCCGGUGCUGGCGGUGCCUCUGCCGGUCUGCUUAUGGUGGCCCCACAGACGAAAGACAUCGUAACGCGCGUGAUCGGACAGUCGGGAUCCGCGCUGGCCGAUUGGGCACUGAUCGUGGACAAGUGGCGAGCGCAGAACACAAGCCGUGUCUUUGCACAGAACGUCGGUUGCUCGAUCGAAACGUCCUGGAAGAUGGUGAACUGUAUGCGCAAUGGGCGUAGUUCGUACGAGCUGGGAAAUGCCGAGUUCCCGCCACACGUUGGUCUGUUUCCGUGGGGUCCGGUGCUGGAGAACAACUUCACCUUCCCGGGCGACAGUUGGUACGAGGGAUGGAACGAGCGCGACUGGCACUUUUUGGCAGAAACACCGGAAAGUUUGAUCCGUCGGCGACACUUUAACCGUGGACUGCAUUACAUGAGCGGCGUUACACUGCAGGAGGCAGCGUUCGUGAUUACCGGCAACAAAUCGUUGGCACCGUACUUUGAAGUGGACCAACACUUCUUCGAUCAGAAGGUGCGCGAACUGGUGCUGCGGUAUAACUACACGCUUAACCUGAAUGGGACGUACGAGGCGAUCAAGUACAUGUACACGUACUGGCCAGAUCCGAAGAAUACUACCUUCAUACGGGAGCAGUACAUCAAUCUCCUGUCAGACUUCCUGUACCGGGCGCCGACCGACAAGCUGAUCAAGCUGCUGGUCGAACAGAACGUGCCCGUCUACAGCUACGUGUUGAACACCACCAUCGAGGGUCUUAAGCUAGCGGAAUGGUGUAAGGUGCCGCAUGACAUCGAACACUACCUACUCGCCGGCGCCCCAUUCAUGGACGUCGAGUUCUUCCCCCGCCGGGAGCGCUUCGAUCGUCUGAUGUGGACGGACAACGAUCGUAAUAUGAGUCACUUCUUCAUGAAGACGUACUCCGACUUUGCGCGGUUCGGUAACCCGACACCAACGCAGGUGCUUGGCCUUUACUUCGAGAAGGCACGCAACGGCGAGUUGAAGUAUCUCAAUCUGAACACGACGUACAACUCGACGAUCAUGAUGAACUUCCGACAGACCGAGAGUGCAUUCUGGAUGGAGUAUCUACCAACGGUGGUUGGUGUGUUGAUACCCACCUAUCCACCAACGACGGAGUUCUGGUGGGAACCGAAGGAACCGCUACAGAUCGCAUUCUGGAGCUUAGCUGCUGCUUGUCUGAUAUUGUUAGUGCUCGUCGUGAUGUGCUGUAUGAUGUGGCGCAAUGCAAAAAGAGAAUCUGAUCGCCUCUACGACGAAGCCGUCUUCGGGAUGGACAAUCCCGAAUCCGAGCGGGACACGGUGAUGGAGAACAACAUGCUACAGGCGCAGCCGCUCCGCGGUCCGUCCGGUAACAUCUACGAGUACCGUGACUCCCCGUCCAAGUACAGCAAAAUGCCACCGGACGGUGGUUCGAUCCGGUCGCCCAGCAGUCUCGGCAUGACGCAGGUCACCGGGAAGAGUGGCCUUACCGGCAGCCAAAGCUCGCUACGCAGUGCCAUUUCGAUGAAGGAAUCGACCUCCAUCUCUCCGCCGCCGUCGAAGGAGUCCAACUUCGACCGGAACAUCAAGUAUGCCGGUGGCACAGCUGAUGUGCAGCAAACGGAAUCGAUCCAGCGCAACGGGAAGUUCCCGCGUUCCGAUUCGAAGAAUCUGCUGGCGACGGAGGCCCGAUCACAGCGCGAUCUUGGCGGGGCUACCUCACCGAUGAGCGAGGCGUCCAUUACGGCUGGUAGUGUGUUGGGUCGCUCGCAGCAAGUAACUCCCGUUCCGUCGAGCCGUGGCGGUGGAACGAAAAGUAACCACGCCAGCCGAACCAACCUGAUCGAAGGCAUUCCCCAGACAGCGGUUUAG